AUGAUAUUUCCUUAUUUUUCAACAAGCUCAACAACUAUACUCAACUCAUCCUUAGAAAGGAAUGAUCAACUUUAUCAAAAUAUUAAACAACUUGAAGAUAAAAUCAACAACGAAAAACUAUCAAUUACAAAAUUUAAAGAAAAGAUUAACCAAGUUACAGCUAAUAAAUAUAAUAACUACAAGAAUAUUGGUAUUAUGGAAUAUAUGUUGGCGUGUAAACAGCAUGAGGCGCUUGAAUUACAAUUUAAGAUCAUAGACUUACGCAUUGAACGUCAAAAUUUGAUAAGAAACCACAAAAGGAAAGAGUCUAAAGGUUCUGUCAGAUUCAACCCUGUAGUUAAAAAUAAUAUUGAAUAUUACGAAAAGAUGUUCGAGAGAUCUGUAAAAUUUGCAGAGGAACAAGUUAUCACGAAUUAUGCGAGAUACAAUUAA